UACAUUUGAAAAUAGUUUUUGGCUCGGGUGGCACGCGCGCACAAUAGAAAUCCCUUCUCCCUAAAUAAAAUAGAAAAAAAAAUCUCUAAUGUUUUAAAUUAAGCAAAUUAAUUAUUUUAACCGGUUUCGCGCAGGAACGUUUACAAGCGUCGGGAAACGUAGUUGUUCGAGACAAGCGAAAUGGCACAGCGUGUUGCCCUGAGUGACGCCGCUGGGUCCAAACGGACCGCCCGGGUUCGAGUAGCGGUUCGGCUGCGACCCUACAUGGACAAACAAGAUGAGAAAGGUGAAGGACCUUGUGUCCGAGGGCUUGGACCUCAAACUCUGGAUCUGGUUAACUGGAGAAACGCCACUGAGACCCUGCAGUAUCAGUUUGAUGUGUUCCACGGAGAGCAGACAACCCAACAGGAAGUCUUCUUGUCUUCAGUGAAGUCUAUUAUCCCUCACAUUCUUAAUGGUCAGAAUGCUAGCGUCUUCGCUUACGGACCCACCGGAGCUGGAAAGACCCACACGAUGCUGGGCAGUCAGGAGCAGCCGGGUGUGAUCCCCAGAGCCGUUCGUGAGGUUUUCCAACUGGUGCGCACUCAAGUGAAGGACCAGGAUGAAUGGGAGUUCUCUGUGGGCAUGUCAUAUCUAGAGAUCUACAAUGAAAAGGUUUUGGACCUUUUGUCCCCCAGCUCUCAGGAUCUUCCAAUCCGUGAAGACAAGGAUAAAAACAUCAUCAUUCCAGGCUUGACGCACACUCCCCUCUCAUCUUUUUCUGAUUUUCACACCCACUUUGUUCCAGCCAGUCUGAAUCGCACCACGGCCUCUACCAAACUCAACCAGCGCUCCAGCCGCAGUCACGCCAUCCUUCUCAUCAAGGUGGUAAAAUGUCAGCGUGUUCCUCCUCACCGCCAGCAGACAGGGAAGCUAUAUCUCGUGGAUCUUGCCGGCUCCGAGGACAACCGGCGCACAGGAAACCAGGGUAUCCGCUUGAAAGAGAGCGGCGCCAUAAACUUAUCUCUUUUCACGCUCAGCAAGGUUGUGGACUGUCUAAACACAGGGACUGGUGGGCGCGUGCCCUACAGGGAUAGCAAGCUCACUCGUCUUUUACAGGACUCGCUGGGUGGUUCAGCUCAUUCAGUCAUGAUCACAAACAUCGCCCCGGAAUACAAGUACUAUUUCGAUACCUUCACCGCCCUCAACUUUGCCGCCAAAUCCAAGCAAAUCGUCAACAAGCCGUUUGUCAGAGAGACGGUCAUGGCCCAGACAAACGCAGCAGGAAAGAGGUCCAGAGAGGAGCAAGAAGCUGGGGGAUCAGGAGAACCCCACAAUAAGAAGCCGAAGGAUGACAAGAAAGCGGAACAGACGUCGCCAACGCUCACGCAACCUCAUAGCCCGGUGGAUUCCUCAGUAUUGGACAGACUCAUGGCUCUGGAGAAAAUGAUGUUGGGCACCCCAGAGAGAGAGAGACUCAAACUGCUCAAAACUGUUGCCCAGUCCCGCAAAGAGAUACAGAGAUUGAAGGAGAAACAAAAGGAGCUUGAGGAGAAGGCAGAGAUGUUGGACAAACUAACGGGAGGCCAGAACGGACCGAAAGACGAAAAGGACACGGCAAGUAGCUUAUCUCUGUUCAAAACGGAUCUGCUGCCCCUCCAGCGCAAACAGUCCGUUUCAGCAAGACCCAAGAAACAACAGGCGAUUGUCACCCCAUUACAGGUGUCCGUUCAGCCCUUGCAGGAUUGUGCUGUGGUCUGCAAGACUUCUCGAACUAUCAGCAAGAAUAAUAAACACAAGACUGAGAUCUCUGAGGGUAAGGAGAACAGCGGUCUGAAACCAGCCUGUGAGGAAGACGCAAACUGGGAGUCAAGGUUAGACUCGUCAUUAUUAAACCAGUCCAAGAAAAAGAUUCUCCAGACGCUCAACUCGGGCUCGCUCAAAGAGCUGAAGAGUCUCCAACUCAUUGGGGACAAGAAGGCCAAACUCAUCCUGGGCUGGAGGGAAAUCAAUGGAGAUUUCACACAGGUGGAAGAUUUAAAGAAAAUCGAAGGCAUUACAGAGAAACGUUUUUCGUCUUUUAUUAAGGCCAACAUUCUAAGUGCGAUGGGGAAGUGAAAGAGUGCGGGGCGAACGGGGCGAGUGCGUCAGAUCGAGACACCAUUGUGAAGAUUUUAUUUUUUUUUUGUGUGUUUUUAUCAUGAGUUUCUGUACAUAUAUUAUUUUUUAGCAUUUUAUAUUUUUUGUGAUGUCGCAUUUAAGGCUUGUAUUUAAUUGUCACUAUACGUUUACGGUGCGAUUUAACGGAGUGCCGAUCAUGCUUCUUAAUAAAAGCUGCUGCAGAGCCUC